CCUCUUGCCUGUUCCCUUUUACCUUUCACCCGGAAGUCAACGUUGCCAAGCGCAAAGAAGCAAUGUUGUGUUGCGUUAAAGAGAAAAUCGGAGAGGCUGUUCUUCCAGGGGAUAUCCUCUCGUUUGAAAUACAAAAGUCAGAAAAUAAAAGAGAGAAGUUGAUCUGUGGGCCUGGCUUGCGUCGGGACGGGGAAGAGGUGUUUGUCUGUAAAAGUGGCAUUCUCCGCCACAAGGAACCUAACCUGUACUGGGUGGACUUGCAACAAAGACGGUAUGUGCCAGCCAAGGGAGAAAGUGUGAUUGGGAUUGUGACGGCAAAAUCUGGGGAUGUAUUCAAGGUUGACGUUGGGGGAAGCGAGCAAGCCUCGUUAUCAUAUCUGGCAUUUGAAGGUGCAACAAAAAGAAACAGGCCAAACGUCCAGGUGGGAGAUCUUGUUUACUCUCAGUUUAUAAUUGCUAAUAAAGACAUGGAGCCUGAGCUGGUCUGCAUUGAUAGCUGUGGACGAGCAAAUGGAAUGGGAGUAUUUGGAGCUGGCGGUCUUCUCUUCAAGGUUUCACUGGGACUCGUAAGAAAGCUCCUUUCACCACAGAGUGAGAUAGUUAAGGACCUGGAGAAGAUAUUCCCGUUUGAGAUGGUUAUUGGCAUGAACGGUCGAAUCUGGGUGAAAGCCAAAACCACUCAGCAGACUUUAAUAGUUGCCAACAUUCUGGAGAGCUGCGAAAACAUGACAACAGAACAAAGAAGAAGCAUUUUUGGGCGCGUGUCAGAAAAUUUUCUGUAAAUAAAGCAAUUGUUCUUUUCUUGUA